CUCACAAAACUUUAUUGAUAUCGGGAAGACGUGAACACACGGACUCAGCCUCCCGUACACAUCCGGAGCUAGGCUCACAGCUGUGACGUGACGUCAGUAGGGGCGGGGCUGUCAUGGCGGUUGGGUCAGCUGCUGAAGUGCCGCUGCGGUCCCGGUAAACAGGAGGCGGCUCCCGGUGAUGGAGAGCCUGGGCACAGGGGCGGCCUCCAGCGGGAGUGUACUGGUGCAGAGCCCUGGAGCUGCGGCCUCGGAGCCCGUGAGGACAGAUGUGGAGUGUAACCCAAAGCUUGUGUGUCCCGGGGAUGACAGCGCCCGGCAGGCAGCAGCACCGGCUCCCGGUAGCGGACGGGCGGGAGGGCAGGAGGAGGCCCAGGCCUCGGAGCUGUCACCCGCUGGAGCAGACAGUGCGGACACAGGACUGGCUGCCCACACCUUAGCCGUGCCCGCAGCGCUCACUCCGGAGGAGCCCAGCAGUAGCGGGCACAGCAUCCCUGGAGGCUCCCAGAGCCUGGACUCCCUGGAGUCCUUCUCCAACCUGAUCUCGUGCCCCAGCUCCGAGCUGAUCAGCGAGGGGGCAGAGGAGAGGCUCACCGGGGCGGAGGAAGACGACGAUGCCAAGGAGGCGCAGGCGGCCAGGGACAGGUUCCCCGGACAGUCCGUCUAUCACAUCAAGUGGAUCCGGUGGAAGGAACAGAACACCCCCAUAGUCACCCAGAACGAGAACGGGCCGUGCCCACUGCUGGCCAUCAUGAACGUGCUGCUCCUGGCAUGGAAGGUGAAGUUACCUCCCAUGAUCGAGAUCAUCACUGUGGAGCAGCUCAUGGAGUAUCUGGGAGACUACAUUUUAGAAGCAAAGCCAAAAGAGAUUUCUGAGGCUCAGCGACUGAAUUACGAGCAGAAUAUGAGUGAUGCCAUGGCAAUCCUACACAAGUUACAGACUGGCCUAGAUGUCAAUGUGAAGUUCACUGGAGUAAGAGUCUUCGAGUAUACACCAGAAUGUAUUGUAUUUGAUCUUCUCGAUAUUCCAUUAUACCAUGGAUGGCUAGUGGAUCCAGAGAUUGCAGAGGUUGUGACGGCUGUGGGUAACUGCAGCUACAACCAGCUGGUGGAGAAGAUUAUUUCAUGCAAGCAAUCAGAGAACAGUGAGCUAGUUAGUGAAGGCUUUGUAGCCGAACAGUUUUUAAAUGGCACAGCCACACAGCUGACUUACCAUGGGCUUAGUGAGCUGACCUCAACCCUACAGGAAGGAGAGCUAUGUGUAUUCUUCAGGAACAAUCAUUUUAGCACCAUGACCAAAUAUAAGGGACUGCUGUACUUGCUUGUUACGGACCAGGGAUUUCUCACAGAAGAAAACAUUGUCUGGGAAAGUUUACAUAAUGUGGAUGGAGACAGUAACUUUUGUGACUCUGAUUUCCACCUAAGACCACCAUCUGACCCAGAAACUGUGUAUCAGGGACAGCAAGACCAGAUUGAUCAGGACUAUCUGAUGGCUUUAUCACUACAGCAAGAGCAGCAGAACCAAGACAUUGACUGGGAACAGAUACCAGAAGGCAUCAGUGAUCUAGAAUUGGCUAAAAAACUUCAGGAAGAAGAGGACAGGAGAGCCUCGCAGUAUUACCAGGAACAAGAGCAGGCAGCAGCCUCUGCCCCUCAGCUGCCAGGACAACCCCCUCAGGCAGUAGCCAGUCCUUCCAGUGGACGACCACCAGGGAGCAGUGAGAAGAAGAGGAAAGAACCCAAAGAUAAGGAAAAGGACAAGAAUUCUUGCAUACUUUUAUAACGGAAAUAAAUGUCCUUUUCUGAAUCCAUGAGGAGGCAUGUUAUAGUGAAGAGAAAAGGAGACACCGGUUUUAAGCCAUCUGUGCCUGAAAACCCCCCGAGCUGUGUUUCAGUUUGGAAAAGGGGAUUUGUUACAGACAUGUUUUAGAUUCUCUUGUCAUUUGGAGUUGUGUGAUAAUAUCAUGUACCCUUGUCCAAUAUUUUUGAACAAGUGCAUCAUUACAUCUUCUUAAAUAAGUCAUUGCUUCUUUCAUGAUAUUUAGCCAUAAAAUAUUGCAGACCAUUCUGACCACAAGAAGCAAAUAAGUGGUUACCUUCUGUCAGGUAAGUCUUAGACUUGGAGAGAUAUACUGUAUUAUAAAGGGCAUGGGAGUAAGGGAAAGCUAGAUGAAGUAUAAUGUCCCAGCAUGCUUUGCUCUUUUCAGUUCAGCCCUUAUUUUCACCACCUGUGCUGUCACGUUGCAGUAUCUGGUCGGUCCAAAUCCUAUUUAUACUCCUUGCUACAUAGACUCUAUCCAGUGUAUGUAAAGGGGUCUAUUUACUCCUUCACUGUGUCAUAACCUGGGAUUUGAGCCUAAAAAUAUCAGGUUUGAAGAUUUUGUGACAAAAUACACUUUUUUUAAUAUUUAGGACCAGUAUGACUUUUUUCAUGUAUAUAUUCUGUAUGUGGUGACACGGUUGUACAGAUGAAUUAGUUUGUGUUUUGUCCAGUCUAAGAACUUAGGAAAAUACCUUCUAAACCAAUAAAAUUAGACUGUUACAAGCACUGUCUGUGGGCAGGCUGACUGGCCUUUUGCCCAUCUCAAAAAAUAAAAGGUAGGUACUUUAUUGGGUUUCUUAAUCUUAAAACUGGUUGUGUGUAUGAGUGACCAGAGAGCGAUAUUUCUGACCAUUCUGUUUGUCGAUCUCUCAAUGUUUUAUGGCCCUAGGAUUGACAAUCAGUCUGUGAUUUAUUCAUGUCCAUUUGCGUCUUUUUAUAAUAACCCAUGAACUAUUUUUUUUUCUUUUUGUUACUCGCAAGAUAUGCAUAUAAUGUUAAAGCUUGUAUCUUGUUGUAAAUAUCGUUUGCUUCCCAAUACUAAUCUCUAAAUUUAACAUAACAUAAAGUUAUGACCCAAGAAACUUUACAUGUUCUUCAAUUUGUUAUUUUGGGUUAUUUUCAUUUUCAUCUGAAAGCUGGGUUCACAUGUUGUGGCAGCAGUGUGUUGGCCACAAUGAAGUUGCAUCACUUGAACCUAGCCUAAAAGAAAACUGCAGACAACCAGCAAGUUGAGGUGGAGGAGCACUUUAGUUUUUUCUUUUAUCAGUGUAUACUUCUGUAUUUGACAAAAUACACAGUAAAAAGCGUGUAUUGCAUUUUCCUAUUAUAUGAGCAACUUGUCCGAAUUGUUAAAGUAUAGACCUAUAAUAAGAGAUGUAAAUGAGGCAGCCUAAACCUGACGUAUGUCUUACUUAAAAAAAAAAUAAUAAUAAUUUGACUUUUCCGAUUCAUAUCAGACAACUGGUGUAAUCUGUUAUAUACUGACUCUCUGUAUGUACAGAGCUAAAAGUUUACUGGUUGCAUACUAAAUGUUGUGAAUGCUGUGAAGGCGAUGUCCAGCUCUGAAAUAAUUUAUUCUUUGUUCUAAUGUGUC